GGUAAAUCAAAGAAUGUUAAUCUGAUUGCCCCACUCCGAAGCCAACGUUCAAUUCAUGCAAUAGAAGAAUCAACAUAAUUCAGCAGUGAAGUCACAAUUGAUGUUGCAAUUGAAUACAAAUUGAUUUGGCAAUGUUUAAUGGAGAAAUCCUGUGUCAGAACAUGUACUGCUCAAUCAACGGGAACUGACGCUGGUGUUUCAGAGGAUGAUUCUUCUUUUGAUGACUUUUUUUAAUGUUGGCAAACAGUUUAUGUUACUUCAGGGGAUGACAUUGCUUCCGCAGGGAAAUCAUGAUAGAACUACAGAACCAAUUCUCUCUUCAAAUUCAGUUUUAUACUUGACAUGAUUUGAUUUAUUGUAGGUUUACAGUCUCCAACUUGAGGCCUUUUCAGUUGCCAUUAAGAGAUUAGAUCCCGGCUUGCCGAAACCUAAGCUCCAGUUUGUCAGCAGAUGUAGAAAUAAAUCAGAUGAAGAUAGACUACGAAUCUUAAAAGAGAAAUCAAUUGAGUUGAAUGUGAAUGAACAAGUGGAAUUCCACAAGAAUGUAACAUACAGGCUUAUAAAUGGGAGGAGAAGCUGAGUUGUAACCUGUUUUGUGCAGGUAGCACGUCCUGAUUCUGUGCAGUUUGUUGUAAUGGAUUACCGAAUGAAUGUGAUGAUAUGGAGUUAUUGGAUGCAGAGUUUAUAAGGGUUAAUAACAGUUGGGGAAAAUGAAGAUUAUGCUGCACGACACAUGGUCCUCGGAUUACGGUAAAUAAUAUUUGAAAGAUUUCUAUAUUGAAGGAAGCAUGGAUUUCUAAUGCUUAAGUUGCAAACGAGGAAUGAGGAGUUCUUUUAUUCCUGACUGCCGUGUUAAUCUAUUUCUGAAUGUGAAUGCAGUUUAUUUUAUGAUCCCUUUGCCAAUAAAAUUUAUGAUUAUGCCAAUGGAAUUGCUGCUUUGAGGUCUUUAAAGCUAGAAACCAUGAUCCCAGCUCAGCUGUCAUUUAAAGAUUAUCCUGGUAGGAUACUCUACCUUGAUAGUUCCAUCAGCAUGUCCAUUUAAGACAUGGCCAUUGAGGUAAAGCAAAGAAAGCACCUCCCUGUUUGAGUAUUCAAAUUCUGAUGUUGUUAUUUACGUUGGCUGUGGAGAACGUGUGGAAAUGAAAUGGCUGAGGUAAAAUGUGAAAAGUGGAUUCGCGAUGAAGAUAGUCAUUCAGAGGAGUCUAACGCAACAUGGUGGUUACCUAGACUGAUAGGGCAGGAACACAACAUCACUUUAGAUUGGCCAUACCCUUUCGCAGAAGGAAGAUUAUUUGUUCUCACUUUAACUGCUGGCUUGGAAGGUUACCAUGUUAUUGUGGACGGAAAGCACGAGACAUAUUUUCCCUAUCGCACGGGCUUCUCUCUUGAGGAUGCUACAGGUCUAUCUAUAAAAAGGGAUAUCGAUGUGCACUCUAUAUAUGCUGCUUCUUUACCAACAUCACAUCCAGUUUCUGCACCACAGAUGCAUCUAGAAUUACUUCCUCAAUGGAAAGCUCCACCUAUUCUCGAUAAGAAUGUUGAGCCCUUCAUUGGAAUACUUUCUGCCGGCAACCAUUUUGCGGAACGAAUGGUAGUAAGAAAAUCAUGGAUGCAACAUAAGCUAAUCAAAUCUUCACAUGUUGUAGCUCGAUUCUUUGUUGCUCUGGUAAGAGAAGUCUUUAAGCAUCUGCUCAGUGAAGUCUUUAAGCAUCUACUGAGAAAAGUCUUUCCCUACAAAGAUCCGUAACAAUAAAGAUGGUUUAUAAAAUCUUUCAUCUAUGAUAGAAACUGCAUGGAUAAUAUGGGAUUUGGAAAUGACAUCCCAAUUUUUUAUUGAUAUAUCACAUUCAAUGCAUGUUCUACUAAGAUGUAAUUGAUACUUUUAUAAUAGAAACAUAUUUUUUUCAAUUUAAAGAUUAAUUGUACUAUCAAAGUUAAA